ACCGGCAGGCAAAAACUGGGACACGGUACACGCUACACCCGUACAGCGUCCGCGCCCCCCGGUUUCCUUGCACGAGACGCCGCCGCGCCGCGCCGCAGCCGCACCUGGCUCCUCGCCUACAUCUCGCGCUCGGCUCCGCUUUCUGUGAUUCUGUCGUCUGUAUGUCUCCUUCCACCAGCCACUGACCCCCCUCCGUCCCCUGUUCCGUACGCCACCGGCCGGGGAGCGAAUGCGGGAGCUCUAGCUCUCGGUCCCACGCCCGGGCAACGCGCGUCCAAUCCAUGAGGAAGCUGCCGCGGGCGCACCGCCUCAGGUGGAUGCGCGUGCUGCUCCUCGCGCUCCCGCUCCUCUCGCUCCCCGUCCUCUACGCGGCGCUCGGCGCGGCGCGCUGCUCCUCGACGUCAGCCUCGCCGCAUCAGCGUCAGGGCCGGCUCGGGAGCAGGCCGCCUGACCUGCCGCCGAGGCUGGCGUACGUCAUAUCGGGCGCCGGCCCCGGGGAUGGCCCGCGGAUCCGGAGGCUGCUGCGGGCGCUGUACCACCCGUGGAACUGCUACCUUGUCAGGGUAGCGGGGGAGGAGGACCGCGCGGAUCUCGAGGCCUUCGUGCGCGGCGAGGAGGCGCCGCGCCGGUACGGCAACGUGCGGGUGGCCGCGGCGGGGGAGUGGGGCGCCGUCACGCGUAGGGGCCCCACCGAGCUGGCCGCCACGCUCCACGCUGCCGCCGUGCUGCUCCGGGAGUUCGAGGGGUGGAGCUGGUUCAUCAAUCUCAGCGCCUCCGAUUACCCGCUCAUGCCCCAAGAUGACAUCCUUAAUAUCUUCUCAUAUAUUCCAAGAGAUCUGAAUUUUAUUGAGCACACAAGCAAUAUUGGUUGGAAAGAGUAUCAAAGGGCAAGACCAAUCAUUGUAGAUCCAGCAUUGCAGGUCCCAAAUAAAACUGAGGUUGUAACAACAAAGGAGAAAAGGAGUAUGCCAUCAGCUUUCAAAAUAUUUGUAGGUUCAUCUUCGGUAGUACUUAGUCGAUCAUUCCUGGAGUUUUCCUUAUUGGGAUGGGACAACCUUCCUCGCACAUUACUAAUGUAUUUCACCAACUUCUUCUCACCCUCAGAAGGCUACUUCCACACUGUGAUCUGCAACUCGAAUUACUACCAGAAUACCACCAUCAACAAUGAUCUGCGUUUCAUGGCGUGGGAUAACCCCCCUCGGACGUACCCUGUUAACCUGACAACAGAGCAUUUCGACGCAAUGGCAAACAGCGGGGCACCAUUUGCACACUCCUGUGCAAAUGACAAUCCUGCCCUGGAUAUGAUCGACGUCAAACUGUUGGGUCGAGCACCUGACCGCUUCACACCAGGUGGAUGGUGCUUGGGUAGCUCGGUGGGUGGUAAAGAUCCUUGUAAUUUCUUCGGAAGGUCCUUCGUUCUCCGGCCGACGAAAGGCUCGUCAAAGCUAGAGAAGUUGUUGUUGAAACUUUUGGAACCUGAUAACUUCAGGCCUAAACAGUGUAAAUAACACUCAUUUUACAUGUAGCCAGUUUUUAUAGCUUUUGGUAGCGUUUAGAGGCCAAAGAGUUGAUGAAAUCGUUAUUGUUGCGGCGGUAGGAACACAGGAGUUGUUGUAUACUUGCAUCUGGAAAGCUCAGCUCAAAAGUGAUUGAAAUCAUACAUGUGCACUUGCUGUUUCAUCU